AUGACUGGUCCGGAGAUCAUCACCUCCAUCCUGCUAAGUGGGCGGAUUGGGCCCAACAUCCAGCUGGCUGAGUGCUAUGGACUGAGGCUAAAGCACAUGAAGUCAGAUGAGAUCCACUGGCUGCACCCCCAGAUGACGGUGGGUGAGGUGCAGGACAAGUAUGAAUGUCUACACGUGGAGGCCGAGUGGAGGUAUGACCUUCAAAUCCGCUACUUGCCGGAAGACUUCAUGGAGAGCCUGAAAGAGGACAGGACCACACUGCUUUAUUUUUACCAACAGCUCCGGAAUGACUACAUGCAGCGCUAUGCCAGCAAGGUCAGCGAGGGCAUGGCCCUGCAGCUGGGCUGUCUGGAGCUCAGGCGGUUCUUCAAGGACAUGCCCCACAACGCCCUUGACAAGAAGUCCAACUUCGAGCUCCUGGAAAAGGAAGUGGGACUCGACCUGUUUUUCCCAAAGCAGAUGCAGGAGAAUUUAAAGCCCAAGCAGUUCCGGAAGAUGAUCCAGCAGACCUUCCAGCAGUACGCCUCGCUCCGGGAGGAGGAGUGUGUCAUGAAGUUCUUCAACACCCUGGCGGGCUUUGCCAACAUCGAUCAGGAGACCUAUCGCUGUGAACUUGUUCAAGGGUGGAACAUCACGGUGGACCUGGUCAUUGGCCCCAAAGGCAUCCGCCAGCUGACAAGUCAAGAUGCGAAGCCCACCUGCCUGGCUGAGUUCAAGCAGAUCAGGUCCAUCAGGUGCCUCCCGCUGGAGGAGGGCCAGGCUGUCCUGCAGCUGGGCAUUGAAGGCGCACCCCAGUCUUUGUCCAUCAAAACCUCAUCCCUGGCAGAGGCUGAGAACAUGGCUGACCUCAUAGACGGUUAUUGCCGGCUUCAGGGGGAACAUAAAGGCUCUCUCAUCAUCCAUCCCAAGAAAGAUGGUGAGAAGCGGAACAGCCUGCCCCAGAUCCCCACCCUAAACCUGGAGGCGAGGCGGUCCCACCUCUCAGAAAGCUGCAGCAUAGAGUCAGACAUCUAUGCAGAGAUUCCUGACGAGACCUUGAGGCGGCCGGGAGGUCCACAGUACGGCAUCGCCCGCGAGGAUGUGGUUCUCAACCGUAUUCUAGGAGAAGGCUUCUUUGGGGAGGUCUAUGAAGGGGUCUACACAAACCACAAAGGGGAGAAAAUCAAUGUGGCUGUCAAGACCUGCAAGAAGGACUGCACCCUGGACAACAAGGAGAAGUUCAUGAGCGAGGCAGUGAUCAUGAAGAAUCUCGACCACCCCCACAUCGUGAAGCUGAUCGGCAUCAUCGAAGAGGAGCCCACCUGGAUCAUCAUGGAACUGUACUCCUAUGGGGAGCUGGGCCAGUAUCUGGAGCGAAAUAAGAACUCCCUGAAGAUGGAGAAGGACAUUGCCAUAGAGCAAGAAAGGAAUGCUCGCUACCGACCACCUAAAAUACUGGAGCCCAUCGCCUCCCAGGAACCCCCACCCAAGGGCUGCCAGGCUAGGAACAAGCUAGAAAGAAGUGGCUGCAAGGCCGAGGCUUGUGGCUCCCCUGCGGCUCUUCUGGGGACCGUCCCUCCUCCAAGCCUGGGAUGGGCUCAUUGCAUCUCUCCUUUCUCUCUGCUGUCCUCCCAGGAGGAGGACUUCAUCCGACCCAGCAGCAGAGAAGAGGCCCAGCAGCUGUGGGAGGCUGAGAAGAUCAAGAUGCGGCAGAUCCUGGACAAGCAGCAGAAGCAGAUGCUGGAAGACUCCCAGUGGCUGAGGCAGGAGGAGAAGUCCUUGGACCCUAUGGUUUACAUGAACGAUAAGUCCCCAUUGACCCCAGAGAAGGAGGCCGGCUACACGGAGUUCACGGGGCCCCCACAGAAGCCACCGCGACUGGGGGCACAGUCCAUCCAGCCCACGGCCAACCUGGACCGGACGGAUGACCUGGUGUACCUCAAUGUCAUGGAGCUGGUGCGGGCAGUGCUGGAUCUCAAGAAUGAGCUCUGCCAGCUGCCCCCCGAGGGCUACGUGGUGGUGGUGAAGAACGUGGGGCUGACCCUGAGGAAGCUCAUUGGGAGUGUGGAUGACCUCUUGCCCUCCUUGCCAUCAUCUUCGAGGACAGAGAUUGAGGGGACCCAGAAGCUGCUCAACAAGGACCUGGCCGACCUCAUCAACAAGAUGCGGCUGGCGCAGCAGAAUGCCGUCACCUCCCUGAGUGAGGAGUGCAAGCGACAGAUGCUCACGGCCUCCCACACCCUCGCCGUGGACGCCAAGAACCUGCUGGAUGCCGUGGACCAGGCCAAGGUCCUGGCCAAUCUGGCCCACCCGCCUGCAGAGUGACCUAGGGUGGGGGCCACCCGCCUGCGUCUUCCACCCCCACCCGUCAUGCACCUCCCCUGCCUUGCCWUUGGUCACGUGGUCUUCUCAGGGAAGGCCUGGGGGAGGGGUCCUUCCCUCACCACUUUGCACGACCCCCUCCCCGCCCCACCCCAGACUGUGCUGUUCAGGCUGCAGCUGGAUGGAGGGGACUCUGGAUAUGGACGCAGGGUGGGUGUGACACACAUGGUUCAGAGGUCACUGUUGCCGCCAGCUACUCCUCCCACCCCAGCCUGGGUGCUGGAGCCUCAUUGGGGUCACAGUAGUGUCCCUAGCAGCCAAAAUGGCUUAUGCAUGGACAUGGCGGGCCCAUAUGGGAGCCAAGCUAUUUCUUCUCCUUCCUCUUCAGCCCUCGGGGAUCCCCUGAUGCACAGAGGGGCCAGGGAAGGGCCUUAUUUGGGGGGGUCAGGAGGCUUAUAAGAUGGGGGAUGGGCUGGCUUUCUUGUACAGUGUAUAUUCAAAUUUAUUUAAUGUGAGUUUGGUCUGGACUGACAGCUGGGUUCCCUCCUGAUGGGGAAUCUGGGACACAGUCCAAGAACAAACUGAUUGGGAAUUCUGGCACAGGACACUGUGUUGUUAUCACACCAAGUAUCAAGGGAAGGAGCAGAGAGACAUCGGCCAGGACUGGACUUUGGACCACAAUCUGCUCUCUCCCUGGCAACCUCCUCUCUUUCUUCCUUUACUUCCCUGCCUUUUCUUACUCCUCCUCUUCUCCCCACCCCCCUUUUCUCAUCUGAUCCCUUCCUUUCUCAAAUGUUUGUGCUGAGCCUUCUUUUACC